UAGAAUCCCCUGCAAUGGAGAGAAGCAGAGGUGGGCUUUUUGAAGGACUUUACAGAGUGCUUAUGCGUCGCAACUCUGUCUAUGUAACAUUCGUAAUCGCUGGCGCUUUACUUGGUGAACGGGCAGUAGAUUAUGGGGUUCAUAAGGUCUGGGAGAACAACAAUAUUGGGAAGCGUUAUGAGGAUAUUUCAGUUUUGGGACAGCGACCAUCUGAAUAGAUUUGCAGUAAUGGAUGCUCAUUUGAGUUGAAGACCAACAUUUCAAUAAUUAUUAUUUUUACUUGGCCAUGCUGGUCAUGGCUAAUUAUUUGAUAUCUGCAUUGCCUUGAAGGAAAAAAAUUAAGUGAAACUGUUUCCAUUUCCAUGGCAACAAAGAGAAUCCUUCAAGAUUUUGUAUCCCAGCAACUCUCUAGU